AUGGCGCGUUUGAAACGUUUGCAUCGGCGGCGAUCCUCCGAAUGGGAUCCCGUCGCCGAAGAAGCUAAACUCACUUGGCAGAUUUACAUGAACUCUGCACAAGAGUACUUGUUCAGCAUGUCAAAUCCCGCAGAGUCAGAUCUCAGCCGGACGGCAAGAUGGCUCGUUCCAUUCUGUCUGAUCUUGGCUCCAUUCUACUGGGUGAACCGCGUCAAUACGGUAGUCCCGGAACCCUACCUCGACGAAGUGUUCCAUGUUCCCCAAGCGCAGGCAUAUUGGGCGCAUAAAUGGACACAAUGGGAUCCGAAGCUCACCACGCCGCCGGGCCUCUAUCUAGUCUCAUAUUUGAUCUUCACCCUCCGUACCCCGACUGCGCUUACUACGGAGGUUCUGCGCAUGACGAACAUUGGCGCGAUAUCAGUCUUGCUCCCGUGGAGACUGCAAACGCUACUUGAUACCAUACAGAGGACUACAAAUACAAGACCGUUGGGUGCUAAUUUGUCGCAUACUGUGCUAAACAUCUGCUUAUUCCCGCCGCUGUUUUUCUUUUCGGGUCUGUACUACACAGACGUUCUUGCUUUGCUGUUCGUAGUGGAGGCGUACAACUGGGAUCUGAGAAGAGACACGAAAAGAGCGUCUAUCAAUGGCAAGGGAAAUACUCUGCUGGACACCCUAGGGUUCCUGGCUUUCGCGUUGGCUGCUUUGACCUGUCGUCAGACCAAUAUCUUCUGGGUUUCGGUGUUCCUAGGUGGACUUCAGGUUGUCCGCAAAAUCCGCCAGUCUACAAAGCCUUGCAUGUCAUCUAAAUGGGCGAAUGUCGUUAAGCAAGGUCGGCAGAAUGAGGUCUAUGAUCCUCUCGUUUCGGAAGCUUCCUUGGAAGACUAUGUCAAGACCGCUAUCUCUCUCGCAACCGUUGGUCUGAAGAAGCCUUUCCCCAUUCUCGCUUCUCUCUUUCCUCAUUUCAUCGUUCUUGGGGCCUUUGGUGCAUUUGUACUCUGGAACAACGGUGUCGUCCUAGGUCAUAAGGAGUUCCACACUGCUGGCAUCCACCUGUCUCAGAUGCUUUACAUCUGGCCUUACUUUGCCUUCUUCUCGUGGCCACUUUUCGUCAUUCCAUUGAUCAACAUCCUCGCUCUCAACCCUCUCCCCGAAUGGAUCAACCUUGGCUUGCCGUCCAAGCAGCGAAAGUACCCAAAGCUCAUGGCAGCUUUGAUCGUCAUCCCGCUUAUGCUUGCUGUGGUUCACUUCAACACCAUCGUGCACCCAUUUACCCUCGCCGACAAUCGACACUAUGUAUUCUAUGUUUUUCGCCUUCUUCUAGGCAUCCACCCAGCCGUCAAGUAUGCUGCGGUACCAGUCUACUUCCUCUGCGGAUGGGCCGUAAUUUCCGCUUUCGGAUUCACUACAAUCCAACGCCCGCCCAGAACUUUGCGGGUUCAACAGCCACCUGCUCCCGAUCCGGUUCCGUCCCCGACUCCAGCUCCCGUCCCUUCGCCCCCUGCGUCUAAACCCAAGUCCAAGCCUAAACCUCAGGUACACGAGCAGCCACCCAAGGGAUCGAAAAAGUCUAGCAAGCCCAACAGAACGAACAACCCGAAGCCAGUGUCAGAGAAGUCCACCGAUCCUUCCAAUCCCGAAGUUCUGGCCAAGGUGCAGCAGCAUAUCUUCACCCGCCAGAGGGAAUUGCUAGAGGCCCCACGUGUCAGUUUUGUCCUUAUCUGGCUGGUCGCGACCUCGCUCUCCCUGAUUACAGCACCGCUCGUCGAACCACGCUACUUCAUCAUUCCCUGGGUUAUGUGGCGUCUGCAUCUUCCUCCGCUACCCUCUCUUUUCAAGCACCGGGAGACGCGCCCUCGCACCGAGCCAGCUAAGCGCAACUCUGAUUUCAUUAUCAACUCACCCAAGUUCGUGGAGAUGGCUUGGUUCUUGACCAUUAACCUAGUCACUGGCUAUGUCUUCUUGUACAAGGGCUUUGAGUGGCCGCAAGAGCCUGGUAAGAUCCAGCGUUUUAUGUGGUGA